AUGAUUGCAGCGAGCUUUGGAUUGGCGAAUUUAAUUUCCAGGCCAGGGGGAGGGCGGCUGUCCGAUGAGGUGGUGAAGAGGUUUGGGAUGAGGGGAAGGCUGUGGACUCUAAGGCUCGUUCAGACUGUAGGCGGCGUUCUUUGUGUAAUUUUGGGUCGUGUCAAUUCAUUUGGAGGCUCCAUUAUUGUCAUGAUCCUUUUCUCGUUCUUCUACCAAGCUGCUUGUGGCCUAACCUUUGGAGUCGUGCCCGUUGUCUCCAGAAGGUCGUUAGGGUUAAUCGCGGGCAUGACGGGAGGAGUAGGAAACGUGGGAGCGGUGAUAACUCAGCUAGCAUUCUUCAAAGGGUCAAAAUAUUCCAAGGAGACUGGAAUCACAUACAUGGGAAUAAUGAUCAUUUGCUGCACUUUCCCUCUAUGUUUGAUCAACUUCCCGCAGUGGGGUGGUAUGUUUUCGUCCGGUCGAAGCAACCCAUCCUCAUCUUCGUCCUCGUCUGCCACCGAAGAGGAUUACUACAUGGCUGAAUGGAGCUCACAUGAGAAGGAGAGAGGGCUGCAUCAAGCUAGCUUGAAGUUUGCUGAAAAUAGCAGGAGGGAGCGAGGGAGAAGAUCGGCUUGUAAUACUGCACCGGUUAACGACACAUCCUCGUCGUCGCCAACAGCAUUCGCGGACUGA